UCCGUUUUAUUUCUAUUCAAUGUUCAUAUUUUGAUGCGCUACUUCAUCAAUACGGUACUUUAAGGACGAACAAAGAGGACAUUUUCUCCGAGUUGUCGUCUGUCGGCGCCAUCUCGGGACGGGAUAGGCUAUGCCCUAUUUUUAGCCUAGUUCGGCAAGCGGUAUUCGAUUUCCCGUUACAUCUAUUGGGCAAAUGUCAGAUUUUCUGUCUAUUCGUGCAUCAAAAUUCGACGCUGAUUUUAAACCAGUCAAGAUAGUUGAUUUACUCGCUGAGAGGACUGUUCCUGGACACUUCAAACCAUUUUCAAACUUUUGAAACAUCUAUAUCAUAGUGAUUAGCUACUAGUGAAUGAUGAAUGUUGAAUCAGAAGAUGAAAUUGUACUCUUCGUUAAACUGGGCUAUGAUGGCCACAGUUUGGGUGCAUGUCACCAGAGUCAACGAGUAAACAUGCUUUCACGUUUAAAGGCAACGGCACAAGUGAUGCCCUCCCCUCGAGUUGUACCCGUCAACACGGCCAAACCCCCUAAAGAAUUUUCUGACUUGGACUUGAGACUACGGCUUCCUGUCCUCCACAUUAUUCUUGCCACUGAGACAGAUGGACUGGAACCACUGGACUCUUCUGAUGAUAUUGUUGUAGCCCUAGAAUCAAAAUACCCAGGAGGGUUGUGUGCAUGUAGUAGCCAAUGUGAAGCGGAAGCAGAUCAAGCUUCAAGAGACUUUUUCUCUAAGUUUUGCUUUCUUGUUCGUGGGGUAGCUAAAGAAAGUUCACACUUAGAAUCUGAACUUCAAACCCUUGACAAGUUUCUUCAAGAUUCAAGUGGAGAACGCGGCGAAGGAGGCUUUCUUUGUGGAUCAAGUCCUUCAUUGCUUGAUUGUGAAAUACUCCCUAAAUUACAUCAAGUUCGUGUAGCUGCACAAGCCUUGAAGGGAUAUUCUAUACCUGCACACUUCUCAGCACUGUGGCGCUACCUUUAUGCAGCAUACAGUUGUCCUGCAUUUACUGAAUCAUGUCCUCCUGAUCAUGAAAUAAUUUUGCACUGGCUAGAGCAUUGCGGUACUCCUGAAGCAAUGAAGCAAAGUCGCAAAUUACUGUCACAGAUUGGAAGUGAACGUCAUCAGCCAUCUUACUCUUUUAGUAUUCCUGCCAAGGCAACUCCUGUUGUUAUUGAUGACUAAGUUUUUAUGGUUGUGAGCAAUCAUCAAAGAAGUCUGGCCUGUAAACAUUCUAGCCAAAGAUCUACUGAAACUUAAUUAUUGUCCAUGCUUUAACUGAAUCAGCUGUGAUCAUGAAUCAGAAGAUUUGAUAUUUUAUGAUUGCAUUAAUUUAUUACACUAAUAACUGCAUGUCCAGGCAAUCCUAGUCUAUUUUUGUGUUUCUGUCCAAAGCUUAGUUUUUUAGAAGACUUUUUAACACUUAGAUAGCUUAUAACAUUUCUAUUUUUGGAGUUCUUUUACCAUAAUUGUUGACCUUGUACUAAUUUUUUUUGAAAGUUUAUCUUUUAAACCCCUUAUCUAGGACUGUAAGUGUUAUGCAGAUCUCUUAAACAGAGUUAAAUCUGUAGUUGCAAAGUUUAUCAUAAUUUUGAGAUUCUCAAAUAAAAUAUUUAGCAUCCUACCCACCAAAAUAUUGCCCUUGCUCUGACCAUAUAGUUUUAUCAACAGUAUUUUAUUUUGUUAUCUCAUUUUGCCAUCAACACAAUGUUAUGUAGCAUAAUUUUAACAUAAUUGACUGCUCUCUUCAUUUGCUGCUAGUUACUUUGUAAGCUUUAAAUCUCUUACCCCCAGGAAAUGUUUGUUUUCCUAGAAUAACCAUGACAGUAUUUAUUUGCAAAAUAUUGUAAGACCCAGGAAAUAUGUUCUAUUUCUAGUCAGAUUGCUUUGUUCAAUUAAUUCAAGUGAUCUAUCUCACUAUCAUGUAUCUCUUAUCUGUUCUCUCUGAGAUGUGAAUCACUAACAUGAUCUUCAGCUUUUCAAAUAUUUUAUGUGUUAUUAACCCACCGCUUUAUUUUCUUUUGUGUGUUUGUCAUUGUUUUUUUAUCUCUAUUUAUUUUUGAUGUGUUGAGCAUUGUACUUGUAACCCAGUGCUAUGAUAUAGUUUUUGAGCAUAAUCUUUUGUUGAUUUGCACUUGCCAAUUUUGACUGUAAAAUUGAGUUGAAUAUUAUGGUGUUUGGUAUUGAAUGUUUGUCUCCAGAAAUGCAUUUUCUGGGCCAUAGUUCCCCACCUGUGCAGUUAUAUCUUGUAUCUCAUUUGUAUUAUCAUGUUUCCCACCAUAUAUGUGUCUUAUUGAUUGUGCAAUAAAUUUUUAUCUGUAUCAAAA